AAUAAGAAAACAGUAAUGCCAGAAAAAAAAUUAAAUAUUUUAGAAAAAUUUAUAAUUUUUAGUGAAACAAAUACUAAGAUAAUAAAGAUUUUCAGUUAUGGAAUCACUAGUAUAAGCUUAGCAAUUGCACUAUAUCAAAUUAAACCUUUUGUUAAAUUUAGAAAACCAUCCAGUAUACCAUCUCGUUUUUUACACAAAAAAAUUCAACUUCAAGGUACUGUGACACAUAUAGAACCCAAUUAUGGUACACUUCUAAUGGUUGAUCAUAAGCCAUUAAUACCUUUGCCUCGAUUAAGUAAUCCAAAAUAUUUACCAAUUAAAAUAGCAGGUCUUGAUAUAACAGUUAAUGGUAUCAGUUGGUUACAAACAAUUGUUAAUAGAAAAGAUAUAAAUUUCAUACCUUUAGCUACAGAAAAAAAUUAUGUAGUUUGCAUAGUAUCCAUGCAACAAAAUAAGGAACAUAUAGAAAUUGGUAAAGAAUUAACAAAACUUGGUUUUGCUAUAAUAACAGAAGAUUCUUUAAAAAAAUUGAUAAAAGAUAAAGAUAUCUUAAAUUAUUACAAAUGUUUGUUAAAUGCACAAAAAUGGGCACAACAAAAAAGAAAUGGACACUGGCAUUUUGUUAAAAAUGCUACUCUUUUAUGGAAAAUCCAACAAAAUUUAAGUAAUAAAUUGAAGUCAAUAUUGCCUAUGUUUGUAGUAUAACAACUUAAUAUUUAAAUACAAUUAAUUAUAAAUUUAUCCUUAAUUAUUUUAUUAAAUUUUAAUCUGAAUGAAACAUAUUUUUUCAAUAUAAUAAAUAUGUUCAAAGUCUUACAUAUAGCAAUCAUAAAUAUGUACUUAAAGAUUUCGAAUUUUGUUUGUUCUUAUAAAUUAGUUGAAUAAAAGACAAUAUUUAAAAAAG